AUGUCCCAACCGCCUCCGGAGACGACCCCGGAGGACACUUCGUCCUUCCUACACCGUUCAGCCAGCUACAAUCACCUACCCGAUGUCCAGGUCGACCAAGAAUCGACGGACAUGAAACGGACCUUCUCAGACGUCAAUCUGGCUGCUCUCAAGGAUUCACCCUCCAAGGAGAGCGUCGAGACGGAGAAGGCGAUCCUGCGGCGGGCUUCUCAGCGGACCGCAAAUGGACGGCCCAAGAUCGCAGUAUCCCAGUUUACACUGUCCGCGGAGGAAUUGAAAGGUGCCACCGGGGUCAAUAUUGAAGACGCAGCCACGGACCCCGUUCCGGAGACGAAGCCGCCUGAACCGGUAGUACGGCCUUCUCGGGUUCGUUCUAUGUCGGGCAGACUGGCAACAUUGGCUCGAAAAUCAUGGAUCUCGACAUCCUCUUCCUCCCGCUCUCCGUCUCCGACGAAGGACACCAAACUCAAGGGGAUGCCGCUGAAUGAACCGUCGCCGGUUAGACAGCAGGAUCCGUCAUCAUUGAAAGCUCCUCCGGUCCCCGAGAUCCGAGAAGAUAUCAUCAGCAAGCCAGCUCCAGCGGAGCCUGGACGGAGGAGAUCAGUACUGAGGAGGGGUCGACGACCAUUGAGCGCGCUAGUGUCAAGAAGCAAGAAUGACACCCUCACUAUCCGCCCAAUCCCAUCUUCAACCUCGCUACGCAGCAAGACGUCCUUUGAUCGGCUCGCCUCAUCUGUGAAUAUUUCAACGCCCGUAUUGCCUCCAGUGCCAAAGGCUCCGGCACUAGCUCCCACAGCUGGCAUGGAUCCGCCGCGCAAGAAGGACGAACUGUGGGGUGUCUUCAGAGGCCUGGAGGGCGAUUACCAGAAGUUUCAGUCGAAGUCUAGUUCUCUUAAAGCGAACGUGCUGCGGUCGUCGCUGCUACCCUUCCUCCACCGUUACAGCAAUCAUGCGUCAUGUAAGACAUUGCGGCCAGAAGAUCUCGACCGUCGAGUAAAUAUUCUGAACAAGUGGUGGACCGGACUACUGGAGAUGCUCAAUGGGAGGAAUAAUCAAUCCAUAUCGGGGACGGAUCGACCGGUUUACCUCGAAGCUGUUGCGGGUAUCAUGACACGGCCCGAGUGGAGAAUUGCCUUUGCUGUAUCUCAGUCCUGGCCUCCUGUCUCGCAGAGGUCCUCUACGGCGAGCUCUGACUGCUCAAGGGGGUCUACCGGGUCUGAUUUCCUGGUCGAAUCGAUCCACCACAAUAUUCGAAACAUCUUCACCCAGAACCUAUUGUCCCAGAUGGCAUUUGUCGUCGAGCGGAUGUCCAUGAGACACGCACCUGCCAGUUUGGUGUCGUUUUGCGGUAAAGCCUGCGCGUACGCUUUUUUCUUCUGUCCUGGUAUCGCAGAUAUUCUAGUCCGACUCUGGAACACACCGCCGGAUGUGCUCCGGCGCGUGCUGGCCGAGUCCGCGGUGUACAGAGGGUUGGACACCCGUACUGUCGCGGGUGACCUAGCCUUGUGCUUCCCACCAGCCAUCAGAGCGUUAUCGUUUUCGGGACAUGCAGCUAUGAUUCGGUAUCUACGUCAAAAGCCAAACGUUCCCUUGAGUGCCUCUCGCAUCCCAUGGAAUGGGCCUUGGAUGUCUCGCUGGUCUGGCCGGGAUACAGAUCUUUUUUUUGUCUUCGUCAAGUAUUUCCAUGUACUUUUCUCAGAAUUCGUUCCCGGGAAUCUGGAAAAAGACAAAAGGAUUCUGGCUCCAGGGUUAUUGUCAGUCCACGGACAGCUGCUGGUCGUCCUGGAGGAUACCCUGUAUAAGCAGUCUAUUCCACAGAUGCCCGAGAACCCGCACGCCGUCGCCUCUGUUACUUUCGACGACUUUAUGGAGGGCCCUGAUGCAUCUGCCUCUGCAAUGCCCUUGGGAGUAGCCAACUGUCAUCGCUCGAUGGCCGAAAACCGAUUGAUAAUUCUCCUCCGGGACUUGUUGUCCGAGUCUUCAGCAGAACCCUGUGCUGCUCGGCAACUGUAUGCAGAGUCUUUCUGCAGUAUCAUGAAAGCAGCAGCCCGCAAAGUCUCGCGCUUUGACCACAACGCCUGUUUCGUCCUGUGUGAUUUCCUGGAAGAAGUCGGUUCUAUCUUCGUUCGCUUCUCUCAGUUUAUACAGACUGAACUAUUUGACUGGGACUUCUGGUUGGAUGUGUGUAGACAGAUGAUGAAGAGUCAUAAUUCCCUCACCGAGGUCCGAGUCUUUUCAUUCUUCUUUUGUAUUUGGAAUACUUUGACGAGCUGCGAAGAGCGGAAAGGCGAUCUCUGUCACGGCAUACUUCUGAACGAAAAUUACUUCUACCAUUACUUUAAUCACUGGAGCCCGAUGGUCCGCUCUUAUUUCCAUCGCCUUAUAUGCUGGAGGGUGGCUCGUUAUAAUGGAGAUCGCUCUCCAAUGGAUUCAAGCAUAUAUGAGGCGCUUGCAGAUAGACUGGAGCAGAUCUGGGCGUACUAUCUUACUUUCCAGUCACGAGCUGAGAAGGAGCUCAGUGCUCCUUUAUCGUCUGCUCCUUGCAGUCCGGCCCCUGGCCGGAGAAUAAUCAUAAUACGAAGCGACAAUCUGCCUUCUCCCCCUAGCCUCUUUGUUUCCUUUGACCGUGUCGUUCCCCCACCUUCAUCGGUGCAGCCUACAGCUUACCGAAACCAUAGCAGUCUCAAACUACAUACGAACGAGCCCCCAGCGGAACCAGCACCCGCCCCCAAGAAAAGAUGGAGUAUACUGCGGACGAUGUUCGGUUCGCCUGCAAAUCCGAAGCCGGGUGAAGUUACGCCUCCUGGGAGCGCUUGCGACGAGCUAGAAUCACAUACAGCCGACGAAGGGUCGAGUGGCCCCGGUAGCAAACGCGACUCCGAAGACAAAAGCCAGCCACAAGCUGCCCCUGCCAUUCGCCGUCCGCGCACGCCGCAUCAGCAAUUUUGCUUUCGAUUUUCUCUUGAGUGGCUAGACCGCCCGCAAUGGCCUAGCAAGAACAAACGUCUCUUUCCCCCCCGCUUGCCUGUUGCCACUCAGUUACAUCUCCAAGGUUGCCGGUCUAUGUCUCGUCAUCCCUCCACCGAUUCGGUCUCUGAUCUUGACUCGGAUUCGGAGUCCAGGUCUGCUCGAGCAUCUGGUUCCGAGACAGGUUCCGACGACCGAUCGGCGAGACAAGACCACCAGCAUCUCGGAAGGCAGCAAGUUAAGGGACCGGAACGGCCAACCAAAGAAGAACUCCUCCGGCCGCGGAACGAAACUCUCGUCGCUAGCAAGUAUGCAGGACGUGCACUUGCGGAGUGGGCACAGGUCGUGUCUGAGUGUGACAGUUUCUUUGAGAGGAGACGCGACGAAGGCGUCCCAUGCGACCGCCUCGUGGAGACACCAAUCCUCGGUGUGGAAAGCUUUCGAAAGUGA